AUGAGUAAACCAGUUGAACAAGCGCUCAGCAACCUCAUACCCCGACACCCAGGCGCGCUCCCUCCCGAGCUCAUCGACCUAGCGCGCUCCCUCUUAGCACAGUCUCGAGCUAAAGUCAGCAACCUGAAAGCGGAAGAGGAGAUAGGCAGAACGUUAAAAACAACCCUCAACCUUCCACCCAUUGAACCCCGCCCUCCAAUCCCACCCCGCGUGUACAAUAAACUCUACAUCUACUUUAACACCCUCCUCCCCGCUUCUACUUCUCGGCGAAAAUCAAGGAAUAAUACAGCGUCUGCAUUAUCAACAUCCUCUAAACCAAAUGACCUACCAGAAAAGCAAACUCCGAUCAAGCCUAACACCCCAUCACGCUUCAGCAAGAACCGCGUGCCCAAAUCCGGACUACAAUAUGGCAAUGAGAAGCAGAGGGAUGAAAGGGUACCGAAGUGGGUACCGCCCGUGGUGAGGAAGCUCUGUGCGGAAAUGGAUACCCAAACUGCGAUACCGCAUGUUCUUGCGGGCGUGGAAUCGAUUCUAUGUUUACCGCUUGCCAAACGAUCGGGGACGAAACUGCCUGCGCUUGUGGCGGCGGUUUGGUUUUUCGUCAUACAGGAAUUGACGGGCAAGAAUAUUAGUAAGCGGGAGUUUACGCAGCGGAGGACGAGGGUAUUGGAAGUUUUUUCUUCUUUGAGGGAGGAUGAGGAGAUUAUUGAGAAAAUCGGUGAUGGCGAGGAAGUGUGGGGCAGUUGGGAGGAUGUUGGGUUCGCGGAUGUGCAGGCUUGGAUUGUGGAGGUUACGCAGGGAGAUUGGUUAGAGAUGGAUUGGUUUGUUAAUAUUGGGUCAUCGGGUGAUGAUGGGGAUGCUAUGGAUGUUGAUGGGGAGGAAGAGGACCAGGACAUUGACGACAUGUCGGCGCCGAGGAGAAACCAGAUGGGUAUGGGCAGGAUGAUGCAGGAUGAGUACGAUUAUCUGAGUGCUGAGAAUCAGGAGGAGUAUGCGGAGUGGAGGGAGAUUAUGCUGAGCACGAUUGAUGAUUUGAUCAAGGAAGGAAUCAUGAAUAUGGAUCCACCGGACAGCUAG